AUGGCAGCGACCUGGGAAUCAAGCCUGCUUGAUAAAGCCCCGGGACACUUUACGAACGAAGUUCUUCCCUUGAUUCACGGGCCCACAGUCACGAUUCGAAUCGAGCCCCCCAGUCGCGAGUUCAUCGUUUCAAAGGACCUGCUCGGUAAACAGUCUUCUUAUUUCGCCAAGAUGUUCGAUGGAAAGUUCUUUGAAGGAAAGACAAAUGGAGCCACCUUGAAAGUGAUCGAGGGGGUUCUUUCUCUCCGGAGCUUCGAAAUGCUUCUGCAGUGGCUCUAUAUCGGCAAUAUUACAUACUACUCAGAAGAUGCAGGGGCCCGAAUUUCUGCCCUCAUUGAACUUGCGAGGCUUGCCGAUAUGUGUGCUGUCCAUGCACUGGAGGCUGCAACGGCAAAGUUCAUCAAAGAUCUGAUUCUCACCACGUCUGAUCUCGCGCGAGUCGGUCACAAGAAGAAUCCCAACGCAAACACUUAUGCACUCUCAUCUCACAAUAUCCAGUCGGCGACAGAGCUUCCGCAGGGCCAUGAAGUGCGUGCUGUUCUUGCUGGUGCCUCUUUUGAGGGAUACUUGCUUUCCAAGAACCACAAAUUUCAUGCUCUUAUUCUCGAAAACCCUCAGUUCAGAAGAGAUCUCAUCUGCGAGCUCGAGAAGGGAUUGAAACAAGCCGGUCCUAGCACAGGAUACCUCGUGGACCCGAUCUCCGGAAGGAGCUUUCAUAUCAACGCACGCGAAGUUUCCGAGCUCUCCCAGUUCAUUAACUCCGAUAAGCUUGACGCAGCUUAA